AUGGGCUGUACACCUUCUCACAGUGAUAUUGCUAACCACCAUGCAAACCAUGGAACAAAACCCUUGAAUAAGGGCAUCUUGCCAGUUGAUCCGGGGGGUGAAGGUUUCUCUCUUCCAUUACUGAUCAAAUGCUCCUCCUCUUAUGAAAUUGAUGAUUUGAGUCAGGGGGAGACUCAGAUUAAAGAUAACUUUUUCAGAAAUGCAUCAGACGAGGACAAAAAUGUUAAUUUCCGUUCCUCAACUGAGGAUCCUUUGCUUUCUGAGCUUGACCAGGAAGAGAAGGACACAGAAGGAACCAUCUCAGAGGCUGAGAUAGCCCUAUCUGGGCUGACAGGGUCUCAAAAACAUAUAGCAGAAGAUAUAAAGGUCAAAAAGCAAAAUUCUUGGGAGUCAAAGGAAGUUGGUUUUGAUUUGAAAAACAAAAAUGAAAACAAUGAAAAGCAGAUCGCAAAGAAAGCAAAAAAACAAAAGCACAGUAGACAGGGAAAGCAAGGCCGUGAUUGCAAAACAAAAGAAAAAUCCAGUCCACCUGUAUGCCAGGCUGAGAAAAAGGUGGAUUUCCCAGAUCUACUUGUUAAAGCCCAUCAAAAUGCUUAUGCCUAUUUAAAUCCCAACCUCUCCAAAUAUGAGGUUAUCUUGUGCAUGGCCAACCAGGCCACCGAAACGCAGCUAAUUCUACAGCAAAUGGUGAGCUUUUUGCUGUUUCGUUUUGAUGAAAUCAACCAUCUUUUGGAAGAAAUUGCCCAAGAUGGAGAAGACCUUCUCAAAGAGGUGGGAGGGAACCUGGCUUGGCCUCCUGGGAAAGGAAGCCCACAAGAGCAACCAGAUCUCCUACAGCAACUACUGCAGUACACAGUCAACAAAAUGCAGAUGUUAAAUGGAACUGUGGCCUCCUUAACCUCUAAUGCCCUCCAGGAAUCAUGCAGCUUCUUACAGUCUGCAGGCAGCAAUUUAGAAGAAAAGCUGAAAGCAAAACAAGGUUUUGAUGAACGCCUGUUCAGGACAAUAAAGCUCCUUGAAACAUCUGCAGUCAAACCUUUUCAGCCUCACCCUGAUGAUAUGACUCUCUAUUCUGAAGACAGUGGAAUUGGUAUUGACAGUGAAUCAGUCAAAGACUUGAAUGUUCUUGAUAAACAGGGAAUGCAAACAAAUUGUGGUUCUUGGGCACAUGAUCAUCCAUCUCAAAAUCAGACCAGAAUAUCAGGAGAACACCAGUGGGCAUGCUCAUCAGUGUAUGCCACAACCAGAUCCCAUGACUGUGCACUGGAAAGGCAUUUUAAAGACAUAUUUUAUGCCCCUUCACACAAAAAAGGUGUGUCUUCUCUGGGAAUAGUUCCAGAAGGUUCAGUCACUAUUUCUCAAUGUCAAAACAUUACCCAAGCUCUCUCUCUGACCUCUGUGCCCCCUGGUGUCACCCAUGAGGUUGAUUGUUUCAAAGAGUGUGAAUCAAAUGAUGUUUUCCCCACAAAUGAAGACAUUGAUGAUGAUAGUUUGUCUGAAGAAGAAGAUGACAAUAUGUCAGAAACAAGAAAGGAUGUUUUAUCUAAAAGAUUGACAUCUCCAAUUGUGGCAGCAGACAGCAAACGGCGGCUUUCCAUGAAACGUUUAGAGAGCCCAGAGAACGAGGAGAUAAUACUGAAGAUGAAAGAUGCCAUCAGCGAAAAGAUCAAAUUUGUCCCAGCUAAGUCUGGAAAGAGGGAAUGGAUGGAAGAUGAAAAUGGACGAGGAUCACCACGACCUAGUACAGCAACUGAAAGCCAAAAGACUCAAGUGAAGCAGAAGAGGUCCAAAUCUGAGGAGUCCCUCAGAAGUCGUGCUGAGGACCCAACCCUUCUAGAGCUCCAAAGAACUCAAAAAGGCCUCAGCAAACGCCUGGAGAUGUUUUACACUCAUAAUGGAAACAAGGAAACAAAUGAGAAGCCAGGACCCACAAGCCCAAAGGAACCAUUUAAUCUGCAAGAUUGUGAGCACAUUACUCAUAGAUCUUCCACUAAUAAGCUGAAGGCAUCUCUUGCGAAAAACUUCAGCAUACUGCCUAAUCAAGAUAAGGUCCCCUUGCUAAGGCAUGAUCAAAAUGUCAUCAGUCAGCAGCCUGAUGAAAGGAGAUGUAGAAAGCCCUUCACAACCACCAUGUCUUCACAGCAUCCAAUAUCCAGAAAAGAAAAUGAGCCUCCUGGGUCACAGAAACUGAACAGUGUUGGUUGUACUCCCCCUCGCAAAUCUGUAAAAAAGCUCAUUGAAACCUUCAGCCCACCUGAAGGCCUUGUUAAGUCUGCAAGUUUAAGGCCUUUGGGGCCAAUUAAAUGUAUCAGAAAGUUUGGACUUCCAAGCAUUCCUCCCAGUUUCCCAAUUCCUAGAGCGCUUGUGCCUUUAAGCCACAAACACAGAGUUUCACCACUAGGAGAAAUACAUAAUCCAACUCUCCAUCCAACCCACUGUGCUUUCGGUAGUAGUAUUCCACCGGUAUUCGCAAGCGAAAGUGACACAAACGAGGAAACUGAAGAUGAAAGUGAGAUGGAAAACCUGCCCCCGCCACCUCCUGAAAUGCUAUUGGGCAUCUCAUGCGACUCAGCUGAAUCUUUGGACAGUGCAAGGACUGAGAAAAACUACUCAAAAGUUGCCAAAAAGCCUGCCAAGACAAAUGAUCAUCGCACUACUAGGAAAAUAUCUCAGAUUUCUCAGCGGAUGAAAGCCUCUCUAUGUUCCAUGGACUUGCUACCAAGUAAGAAUCUCAGCAGUCUCAAUCCCAUUGCCAACAAAGCACCAAAAAACACUGGGGUGGACCCCAAACCUCGAAAAUAUUCCCUGGAGUCAAAUGCUAGCCUUAUGUCUGACUAUAUCCGAGAAAACUCACUAACGUCCCAGAGGUACCAUGAAAUGCAAGAGACUGCAGAGCUGUAUAAGGAGUCGCAUAAAAUAAUACCUCUUCGAAAUCCCAAAGAAAUGCCAGAGCAAAAUGAAAGUGAUUCAGCAAGCAAAGAAUGUUGCACACCUCUAACUCCGGCACAGAAGCAAAGCUCCUCAGACUCACUUGGGAAAAGUGGGAAAGUGGCAGGUUUUGUCAGGCAAAUGUCCCCGGCAAGAACACCACCUUCAUCACCCCCCAGUGAGAAAAGGCUCCCAAGUCCACCACUGCAUCAGAGACACAGUCGUCAAGCUUUUUCCUCGAUGACCCAUAGGCAGCCCAGCCCCCCAGCUGGCCGCUGGACAUCAAGCCCUCCAGCGCAAAGGAAGUUGCCUUCACCACCAACCCAACAAAAUCUGUCUAGCCCUCCACUAGGGCGUAAACAGCAAAGCCCACCAACCCGCUCCAAGGUGUCAAGUCCACCAGUCCACCGCAAGGAAGCAAGUCCACCUCCUUUCUUGACUACCCCAUCUCCACCAGCUUCUCCAUCUUGGUUGCACAAAGGAUUACAAAACUACUUGGACUUGGGGGAUGAGCAGCAAUCUGCUUCCCCAAAGAUUGUCACAAAUGCACAUUCCAUAUUUUGCCCAGCCACUUCCUCUUUGUUUGAAGCCAAGCCACUGUUGCCACCUAACAGCUCUGCAACAGAAAUGAUUAUGGGACAUCCUGAAGGUUUCGCCUUUUCACGGAGGAACAGCACACAGCUCAGGCAACAUGGGGACCCACAGAAACGGAUGGCCCUCAGUGCCAUGAACCCCCAGCCUUUUGUAAGGAGAAGCUUCUCUGACCGCAGACCAGGGUUCCAGAUUCCACUGCCAUUAUUUGCCUCUGCUGGUAGUGAACCUGUCCUUAGCAAGACAAGGUAG